GAGGCUGUCAAUCAAGCGGGAGAGGUGGCACCUCGGUGCUACGGUGACAGAGGAAAUUGAGCCCUCCUUCUUCCGUUUCCGAAUGGAUGGCUGAGCUGUCCUUUUAUUUUUCUGUUUCCCUUCCAUUGGGCGGUUUUGCUGUCGGUCACCGCAGGGGGCGGGAACCAGGCUGCAGCAGAGUAGGCGGGAUGACGCGAGAAUCUGCACCGCGAUUGGGCGGCAGGCCAUCAAUCACAAAUCACCAUCUCUGAUUGUUUUUCACGGCCGUCACUCACGGCGGUGGGCGUGCCACGCGACGGCACGAGGCGGGCUCAGCUUUCUAGAACUGCGAUUGGUCCGAUGCACCGCCCGUCUGCCUUUCCCCCUUACCCAUUGGUCGGAGCUGCUGUCACUCAGUCGGGCUCAGCCGCUUGAUUGGUCACCGCCGGGGAGGCUGGGCGCUGCGCGGCGGCUGCGCGGGGGAACACGGCGGGGAGGGACGGACCAGGAAUUAUUUUUAUUUCUUUGUUUCCCGGGGAAAAAAAAAAAGGGAAAAAAAGGAAAAAAAAGAAAAAUAAACAAAAAAAUAAGGCCCCGCGCUCGGGAACCCCCCGCGGGGGCGGAUGGUCCUGCCGUGAGCGGGGCGGGCCGGGCCGGGCCGGGCCGGCGGGAUGAAGCGGCGGAGCGCGGACUGCAGCAAACUGCGGCGGCCGCUCAAGCGGAACCGCAUCACCGAGGGCAUCUACGGCAGCACGUUCCUGUACCUGAAGUUCCUGGUGGUGUGGGCCCUGGUGCUGCUGGCAGAUUUUGUGCUGGAGUUCAGGUUUGAGUACCUGUGGCCAUUCUGGCUUUUCAUCAGGAGUGUUUACGACUCCUUCCGCUACCAGGGCCUGGCCUUCUCAGUAUUUUUUGUGUGUGUAGCAUUCACCUCCAACAUCAUCUGUCUGCUCUUCAUCCCAAUCCAGUGGCUGUUCUUUGCUGCCAGCACCUAUGUGUGGGUACAGUAUGUGUGGCACACAGAAAGAGGUGUGUGCUUACCAACAGUAUCACUGUGGAUACUUUUUGUUUAUAUUGAAGCAGCCAUUAGAUUUAAAGAUUUAAAAAACUUCCACGUGGACCUUUGUCGUCCAUUUGCAGCACAUUGCAUUGGCUACCCUGUUGUGACUUUGGGCUUUGGCUUUAAAAGUUACGUCAGCUACAAGAUGCGUUUGAGGAAGCAGAAGGAGGUUCAGAAGGAGAACGAGUUCUACAUGCAGCUCCUGCAGCAGGCACUGCCCCCAGAGCAGCAGAUGCUGCAAAGGCAGGAGAGGGAGGCAGAGGAAGCAGCCAAAGGAUUAUCUGAUAUGGAUUCCUCAAUACUCCUGCAGCACAAUGGAGGCAUUCCAGCCAAUAAAAAAAUCUCUACAACGUUGCCAGAGCUGGAAUAUCGAGAAAAAGGGAAAGAAAAGGACAAGGAUGCAAAGAAACACAACCUUGGAAUAAACAACAACAUUUUGCAACCUGUAGACUCUAAAAUACAAGAAAUUGAAUAUAUGGAAAACCAUAUCAAUAGUAAAAGAUUAAAUAAUGAUCUUGUAGGAAGUACAGAAAACCUCUUAAAAGAGGACUCAUGCACUGCCUCGUCCAAAAAUUACAAAAAUGUCAGUGGGGUUGUGAACUCCUCACCCCGCAGCCACAGUGCAAGCAACGGGAGCAUCCCCUCCUCAUCCUCUAAAAAUGAGAAAAAACAGAAAUGUGCCAGCAAGAGCCCGAGCACACAUAAGGACUUAAUGGAAAACUGUAUUCCUAAUAACCAGCUAAGCAAACCAGAUGCACUGGUCAGGUUGGAGCAGGACAUCAAGAAGCUGAAGGCUGACCUGCAGGCCAGCAGGCAGGUGGAGCAGGAGCUGCGCAGCCAGGUGAGCUCGCUGAGCUCCGCCGAGCGCGGCACGCGCGCCGAGAUGGGCCAGCUCCGGCAGGAGAACGAGCUGCUGCAGAGCAAAUUGCACAACACUGUACAGAUGAAACAAAAAGACAAACAAAUGAUCAGCCAGCUGGAGAAGAAGCUAAAGGCAGAGCAGGAGGCACGAACCUUUGUAGAAAAACAAUUAAUGGAAGAAAAGAAAAGGAAGAAGUUGGAAGAAGCAACUGCUGCACGAGCUGUCGCCUUCGCUGCUGCUACGAGAGGGGAAUGCACCGAGACCUUGCGGAAUCGCAUCCGGGAGCUGGAGACAGAGUGCAAGAAGUUAACAAUCGACAUCAAACUGAAGGAGGAUCAGAUCAGAGAGCUGGAAAUGAAAGUUCAGGAGCUGAGGAAGUACAAGGAGAACGAGAAGGACACGGAGGUGUUGAUGUCUGCGCUCUCAGCCAUGCAGGACAAGACCCAGCACCUGGAGAACAGCCUGAGUGCAGAGACCAGGAUCAAGCUGGACCUGUUCUCUGCCCUGGGGGAUGCCAAAAGGCAGCUGGAGAUUGCCCAAGGGCAGAUCCUGCAGAAGGAUCAGGAGAUCAAGGAGCUGAAGCAGAAGAUUGCAGAGGUGAUGGCAGUGAUGCCCAGCAUCUCCUACACCGCGGCCACCAGCACCCUGAGCCCCGUGUCCCCACAUUACUCUUCCAAAUUCGUGGAGCCCAGCCCCUCUGGACUCGACCCCAAUGCCUCUGUCUACCAACCCCUGAAAAAAUGAAACCAAUGCCAAGGUUCUUCUGUGCCCCCAGGGGUCUCUUGAAGUCAAGAUGAAAAUUAUUUCGUGUGGGAACUGUGUUUGUUGUCAUUUCCAGCAGGAGAAAAGAGCGUUGAAUUAGAACUGCCCAUCUGUUUUGGUUUUUUUUUUUUUUUUUUUUUUUUUGUUGUUGUUGUUUUUUUUUUGUUUUGUUUUGUUUUUUUCUUGUAAAUUUAUAGAAAAACCUCACGGAUCUUUGAGAUUUGUUUUCCUUGGCCAACGCAUUAAAAACAAUUCUUGGUUUUCAAGUAGCCAAUUUUGCCUUUUUAUGUACUCUUGCAUGGUUUCCUCUUGAAAACAAAAAACCCCAAAAAAAAAAAAAAAACCCAAACAGAAAACACAAGGCUUUGCUUGGUUUUUGAACCCUUUCUCCUCAGUUUUUUUAUUUAAUGGUCAAAUUGGAUUUGCACAUUCACCCAGUGAGGAAAACCCUUUAGUUUUCCCAGUGAAAGGGCAAAAUAAUCCAACAAAGCUUUGAUUUAUUGAUGUAUUCAAUACAAACACGUGGAUGUUGCAGAAGAUAAUUUGACUUUUUUCCCCCCUCAUAGGACCAAACAAAUUCCAGGGGCGUUGUUUAAGGGAAGGAAUAAAGAAUAGCUGAUGAUGUGCUGGUGGUUGUUGUGUGAAAUAUUUUUAUUUAUAUCCCCAUUGGUGUUUUUUAGUCAUUGAGAAUUGCUAAACAAGUCUUGUUCACAGUGCCUUGAGGGGGGGGGGAAAAAAAAAAAUUACAUUUCAAGAGGAAACUUGAUGGUUUAAAGUAUUUUUUUUUUUUUCUUCCCCUCUCUUUUCACUGUCAUCCACCUUCUGUAUCUGAGCUCAUUCCAGAGCCUGCUGCAAGCUGCUCAUGGGAAUUUGGGUGUUCCAGGCUUCAUCCUCUGGUUCUUUUUGGUCCAAAUAAAAGGUCAGAGUUGUUCUGUACUCGCUGGUUCUGCACCAGAUCCCUCCAGGAGAGUGGAGGAGGAGCUGUGCAAUGUUCUGUACACGAGACACUGCAAAGCUGCCUAAAAAAAGCUGCAGUUCUGGGGUGGUUUUUUUGGGGUUUUGGGGGUUUUUUUAAUUUUUUUUUUUAUUAUUUUUUUUAAUUUUUUUUUUUUUUUUUAAUUCUGAUUUUACACUUUUAUCUCUCCCCUUCUCUCUCGAUAAUUUCCAGCCCUACUGCCAAGUUUUGGUUUAAAAGGGUUUUUCAAGGAAAAGUCAUAAAUUACACAAAGUUUAAGAAGGUGGGUUUGUAACCACAAAAAAUGGGUGUUUAUACCCCAAGAAAAGUGUAUUUAUACCCACAAAAAAGGGGGUUUAUACCCACAAAAAAGGGGGUUUAUAACCACAAAAAAGUGUAUUUAUACCCUCAAAAAAGGGGGGUUUAUACCCACAAAAAGGGGGUUUAUACCCACAAAAAGGGGGUUUUGAACCCCCAAAAAGGGGUUUUUGCACUGGUAACUUCUGCAGUGGGUCAGAGUUUGGGGAUUUGGGAGGGGAUGGGGAACCAGGAGAAAAUCCAGCCCCAGCUUUAGGAUUUUGCAAACAUGCAGUGGAAAUUGUGAAAAGAAAAUUUUUUUUUUUUUUUUUUUUGGAUGAUGCAAUUAAUUCCCUCGUGGAACAACAACAACAACAACAACAAAAAAUCCAAAUCUCAGAGCUCCCCUGGGAUCCAACUCCCGGGGGGGUUUUUUUUGGUGCAUGUUGAUGUGAUUUUGAAUUUUUGGGCCCCCCCUGUGUCAUUGGCACCAUGGAAACUUUUCCCAUCCUGGUGCAGAAUAUUGAAUUUUGUCACGAAUUUCUGUGUUCAGGCUCCCCCCUUUUGCUGUCCCAGUGCUUGCUUUUGGCUGCAUCCUUUUCUUUUUCUUUUUUUUUUUCUUUUUUUCCCCCGUGGGGUUGACAAAGAAUAAAUAUUUUUUUUUUUCUGCAGAUAAAAAGAAAUCAUUUUAAUUUUUAUUUAUUUGAUAUUUUUUUGCCUUUUUAACUGCCCUGAUGCAGAAACACAAAGGAAACUUUGUUAUUCCAGGUAAGUUUUUCCUCUUGGCUUUGGUUCCUGUGGAGUUUUUUUUGUUUGUUUUUUUUUUUUUUUUUUUUUUUUUUUUGGAGGGGGGGCUGCAUUUGGCAUUCCUCCAGGUAAAAUCCUUCAGGAAAUUCCAAACUCACCUGUCCCAGGAUCCUGCUGGAGCCACUGCCAGGAUUCCCCUGAGGAAAUUUUAUCAUUAUUUUUAUUUUAUUAUUAUUAUAUUAUUAGUUUUAUUAUUUCAUUUUUCCCCCCCCCCAUUUUUCUUCCUCCCUUUUUUUUCCUUUUUCUUCCUUUUAAAUUCACCUUUGCAAGUUGUUUGACUGCCCUCGCUUUGCCUUCAGCACCUUGGAAAAAUUAGCCCCAAAAAAAAAGAAAAUAUUAUUUUCUUUUUUUUUUUUUUAAAUUGAUCCUGCCAUUCCCGUGCCCAAGAGCUGCUCCAAACAUUUCAUUUUUGAGGACAUCUGGAUGUGACAGAUGGAUUUUCUGCACUCCAAACCCAAAAAUCUCCUUCCAACAACACGAAAUGAGUGUUUGAUAGAAAAAAUUAAAAUUAAAUUUCUUCAUGCCCUGUCCCCAACAGCCACGAGAGGGCUCAGGAUUCCUUGGAUGAGCCUGAGAUCAAAUCCUCAGCUCUCCCCAUCCCCACAGGCUGGAAAAAAAAAAAAAAAAAAUCCUUUUUUUCCCCUCGACAUAACAUUUGAAUGUAACUUCAUAACCUUGUUGUUGUGUGAAGGAAAAGGAAAUUUAUUUGGGGAAACCCCAAGAGCUCAGAAAUUCUUGGAUUUGUGCUCAGGGUUUUACCCACGAUAACAGAAUUUCAAAAACAAGAACAAAAAUGAAACGCCACCAAUUUCCAGUGGAGCACUCGGGUAUCCCCCCCUUUCUGAAUUUCAAUCACAAUUAACCAUUAUUCCCUUUGGGGUUGACUUUCUGCUGCCGGGCCCCGCUCAGGAAGCAGAAUUUGGGGUGACCCCCCCCCAAUC